GGUGUGUGUCAGGAGUUUGUUGAUGGUUGGAGCUAGGUGGAGCUGCGUUCGUUUUAGCUUCAUAGUUUUGGUUUGUAGGAAGAAUACUGUCGCUCAGCCGGGUCGGACUGGGCAAAGGUCCCUGCUGGAGCGUGUUCAGACGGCCUGGUUAACGAGUUUCCUCCCGGUGCUUCAACAGCUGUUAGCAGCCGGAUGAGCGCCGCUCCUGACGGCCCCCUUCGGACACUGUCAUGCCCAGACCCGGAUGACCGCUGGGGCUGACUUCUGGCAGGCUCCAAGGCUGCCGCUCCCUAUGGCUGCUUAUGAUGAGGACAUCCUGAAGAACCCUUUCUACGUGGCGUUGGAGAAGCAGAGACCGGACCUGUGCAGGCGAGCGGCAGAGCACCAGGGCGUGAUCCUGGUUCCCUGCUGUGAGAGUCUGAGCGCCAGCAGUGACUUCGACUCGCACUUCGACAGCUACGUUCUGCAGCCUCUGGAGGACAGAUACAAGACCGCCGAUGGAAAGGAGGUCAGGAUCCAGGACAGGCAGGUUCUGCUGGGAUCCGGCUUCCCGGCUCCGUCUGUGGUCCGAAUCCUGUUUGAGGAGACCUUCUACAAUGACCAGGAGCAGAGCUACAGCAUCCUGUGCAUCUCCAGGCCCGUGGAGGUGGAGCCCAGCCCGGCCGAGGUCACCCCACCUCAGCCUUACUGCCUGAGGAGCCCGGAGGACGUCAGGGACUUCCUGGGUCGGCACGCCCAGAAACUGGACAAGUUCAUCCACAGUUUCUGCCAGACCUUCAAGGAGCAGGAAAGGAAGGGAAUCCGACACCACAUAGACUCGGUGAACGGCCUUUACGCUAAAUGUCUUCAGUGUUUGUUGAGAGACUCUCGCCUGAAACUUCUGGCAAAACAGGAGCUUCAGAUGACUCUCCUCAAACAGGCAGUGGAGAUCUAUGUUCAUCAUGGCAUCCAUGAUCUAAUCUUUAAUUUGGUGGGAACACUUGAAGCUGCUCAGGACGCUGCUUUCAACAAAACCAGCAGGAGUCUGCAGGAGCUGCAGCAGAAGGAGCUGGGAGUCAAACCGGAGUUCAGCAUGAACUUGUCCCGCGCAAAGAGAGAGCUGAGUCAGCUCAACCAGCAGACGGCGCCCCUCCUCAAGCUGCUCUGCCUGCGCAGGGUUGUCCUGACGGCCACACAGACCCCCACACGCACAGUCAGCAUCGAGGCGGUGAGCGCCGACGACCUGCUCUCCGUCGUCCUGUACCUGCUGGUGAAGACGGAAAUCCCAAACUGGAUGGCCAAUCUGAGCUACAUCAGAAACUUCUGCUUCAGCAACUCCAGCAAAGACGAGCUCAGCUACUGUCUGAGCACCUUCGAGGCUGCUGUGGAGUACAUCAACCUGGGGAAGCUGCAGGACUCUGCUUCGGGUGAACUUAGAGACAAGGCGCUGUUCAAGGAGAGGAUGAGUCUGCUGGCUCAGAACGCAGCCACGCCCAUCCACCUGCUGUUUGAGCACAUAGCCAAUGGAAACGAAACAGAGGUGGAGCGUCUGCUGAGUGAGGGCGAGGCUGAUGAAGAUUUCCGGAUGUGUCACCCCCUCUGCUCCUGUGACGUCUGUGACGCCCAGCUGUCAGGGCGGCUCAACAACCUGGCCAUUGUCACGCCGUUCUCCAGAGACGACCGAGGAUACACCCCCCUGCACGCCGCCGCCAUCUGUGGUCAGGCCAAGCUGAUUGACCGACUAGUGCACAAAGGAGCCCAGGUGAACGCCACAGACUACCACGCCCUGACGCCACUCCACCUGGCAUGCCAGCGAGGGUAUCAGGGAGUCUCUCUGCUGCUGCUGCACUACAAGGCGAACGCUGACGCUCAGGACAACAGUGGCAACACGGCACUGCACCUCGCCUGCAUGUACGGACACGAAGACUGUGUGAAGGCUUUGGUUUACUACGACGUACAGACGUGCCACCUGGACCUGCAGAACGAUAAAGGCGACACGGCGCUGCACUUGGCCGCACGCUGGGGUUAUGAGGGCAUCAUCCUGGUUCUCCUGGAAAACGGGGCGAGCACGCACAUCCUCAACAAGAACAAGGAGUCCCCGCUGCAGUGCGCCCUCAACUCCAAGGUUCUCAUGUUGUUGCAGUCCACUCAAAACGGCCAUCAGCGCAGUGGUGUGGAUUCUCCCAGUUACUCCCCCCUGGCCUCGGACUGCAGCAGCCGGCGCUCCUCCAUCUCCAGCACGUCCUCUCUGGGGUCAGAGGUCAAACCAGAGGCGGAGCGCGUCAGUCACAGAGAGAUGGAGAAGCUGCUGCUGGCCGUCGCCGACGGGGACGUGGAGAUGGUGCGCUAUCUGCUGGAGUGGGCUGACGAGGAAGAGGAGGAGGAUGGACUGCUGCGGGGUGAAGGGUCACUCUGCCACCCGCUGUGUCAGUGCCCGACCUGCGCUCCUUCUCAGAGGCUGUCCGUGCAGCAAGCAGGAGCUCUGGGCAUCAGCAGCUGCAACGCUGAUGGCUUCACGCCGCUGCAUGUUGCUGCCCUGCAUGGCCACUCCGCCUUAGCCGCCAUGCUCAUUCGCCGUGGCGCCAACAUCAACGCCCGCACCAACCAGAGUAAAACACCGCUUCACCUCGCCAGCCAGAACGGCCACCUUCAGGUAGUCCGGCUUCUGCUGGAGUGUAAUGCUAAGCUGAACAAGAAGGAUUGCCAUGGAAACACGCCUCUCAUGCAAGCCUGCCUCUCUGGACACCUGGAAACAGUCAGCAUGCUGCUGCAGAGCAAUGCCAUGGUGAACACAACCAACCUGCAAGGAAACACUGCUCUCCAUGAGGCGGUGCAGGGGGGGCACCUGGCGCUGGUGGAGCUGCUGCUGAGGGGGGGCGCCUCCCCAGGCCUCAGGAACAGAAGGCAGAGGACCCCACUGGACUGUGCCUACGAGCUUGGCGGAAAGAACACAGAGAUCCUGAGAGCACUGCAGAGAGCCUCCGGACUCCCCACUGAUGCCGAACCCCUCAAACUUCUGUCUGUUCCUAGAGGAACCCUGGCCCACUCGUUUGUGCAGCGAUUGAGGCUGCAAGAUAACAACGGCAGGAAGCAGAAGCUGGCCCCCCCAACAAGCAGGAUGCAGCAGAUGAGGAAAGGUUGGAGUGGACCCCCUCCCAGGAGCUCGCUGCCCUUUUCCCAGGAGGAUCCUGGCAGAAGGAGGCUGAGGCGGGGGGAGACGAUGGAGAUCAGCAGCCCCUCACGUCGAGGAGAUCGCCCUCUGACCCGCUGUCACACUCUGGAUUCUGCAGUGCGCUCACUGGAGCCACCUGAGGCCCCUCCCACUCCAAACUCCACAGAGAGCAUGUCCGAAUGCAGCGACCUCACAGACGACUCCCACCCCCCCAGCAUCAGUGAAGGCUCUCUGCUAGCAGAGGCUCAGAGCUCUGAUGGCCCCAAUCCUCUGAUGGGCUAGACCCCCCCUCCCUCUCUCCCUCCCUCCUACCAUCCUGGAGCUGCCCCCCCCACCACAGACUCGCCAUCCAAGGAGCACAUACAUGGAGUCAUAAAGCCCCACCCCUGACUUACACACACUCCUCAACUCUUCACCUGAGUUUGUCAGGUGAUUGAAGUUGUCAGGGCCGUCAGUCAUUGGCUCCGCCCUCACAGCUGCUGUGUGGACGUCCUCAUGUUUCAGACUCGCACGAAUGAAGCAGAAGAUUAGUUUACAGAGAAAAAGGGAUGAUAACAAACUUGAAAUUCUUCUACAGCUGGAUAUCAGCUUUGACUCACAGACCAAACCUGAUCUUAACAGUGGACUUGUAGCACCAAGGCUGGCCUGUGGAGGGCGGUGUUGUGCUACCUUCAGAGUGCAUCCUGCACAGACGUCCUCUGAGCUGUUUCUGUUUCACUGCGUUGUCCACAACUGAACCUGUCUCCUCUGCUCCGACUGUUUUAGUACUCCAGUCCAGAACUUCUGAAAUCCUGAAAUGUUUUACACAUUUUGAUCAUAGCACCAACAUAAUUGUGAUGGCCAACAGUCUUUGAAUGCAGCAUUGGGGAGGGACCAGCACCCAAAUAACUGAGCAAGAGUGAAACGAAACAGAUAUGGUACCGGUGAGAAGUGAAUCAUCUCAUUCAUAGGUGUGUUUACAGACAGGAGAAAGGAUGCUCUGAGUUCAGCAGCGCCCUCUAGGGUUUGUCACAGAAACAGGAGGUGAAUAACAGUUUUAAUCUGCAGGUUUAACGUACAAAAAUGUAAAUGUGCCUUAUUUAACUCACUUAGACACAAUAAACUUGUUUAUUGACAACAAUUUCAUGGUUCAGUUUUGCAUCAUUCUUCUGAUAGAAUUAAUUAUGGUGUAAUUUAACACUUAAAACACUACGAAGCACUUCAUGGAGUCAGUUUAUUUCACUUCAAGGUAAUAAAUAAAAGAAGGUUGUACUCAGA